AUGGGUAUAUCCCGUGAUACAUGGCACAAACGCAGGAAGACCGGAGGCAAGCGCAAGCCCCUCCGCAAGAAGAGGAAGUAUGAGUUAGGUCGCCCAGCCGCCAACACCAAGCUUGGAGCCCGUCGUGUACACAUUGUUCGUACUAGGGGAGGUAACAAGAAAUACAGAGCAUUAAGAUUAGAUCAAGGAAAUUUUGCAUGGGGUUCUGAAGGUAUUUCUGCUAAAACUCGUAUCAUUGAUGUUAUCUACAAUGCAUCAAACAAUGAGUUGGUCAGAACCAAAACUUUGGUUAAGAACGCUAUUGUUGUAAUCGACGCAACACCAUUCCGUCAAUGGUAUGAAGGCCAUUACGCUUUGCCUAUUGGCAGAAGGAAGACUACAAAAUUAACUGAAGCUGAAGAUGCUGUAUUGAAUAAGAAACGAUCAACAAAGGCUGAAGUUAAAUACAAGAAAAGGCAACGUUUUGCCAAAGUUGAAGCUUCAAUUGAUGAACAGUUCCAAACCUCUCGUCUAUUAGCAUGCUUGGGAAGCAGACCUGGUCAAUGUGGACGUGCUGAUGGUUACAUCUUAGAAGGCAAAGAAUUGGAAUUUUACCACAGGAAGAUCAAGGCCAAGAAAGGCAAAUAA